AUGCCUCUUCUUAGCGCCGGAAAAAAGGCAGGGAGCGCCACGGAUGUGGCGUUGCGCGGUGUGAAGGAGGGGACAACGCCGAACUCGCUGGAGCCUCGCUCCCGCAUGCUCUCGGAUGCCCCCCGCGUGCCCCCUGAUGGGGACGCGACACUGACGCCGACGUUGAACAGCUGCAGUACGUCGCCGAUAUUCACGACCGACGCCUCACCGGCGUCCGGGCCACUGUCAGCACCUGCCGGAGGAGAGGGAGAGGUUGGAGGUGGUGGGGAUAAUGGUAGGAAGCCCUUGGCGGUGCGAUCGCGGCAUGCUGAGCGUUCCAAAAGGAACGCCUUAAUUGCCGCGACAAACCCGGCCGUGGCUGGGCGUCGUGCGGCGAUAUGGGUCGAGCAGUGGGAUCAUGGAUCUCGCGCCACCCGCCUUCUCAUUCUUGAGGCCUUCCUCGCGUUACAUUCCUCGAGCAAUACCAACAGGAUGGAGAAAGACUUGGGUGACUCCUCUAUGCUCUUCUUCACACGCAUUACGGCUUGGUUGCGGUUGACGUACAAAUUAGGUCAUCCACUGCGUCUGCUUCUUGCCGCCAUAUCGGUGUUUGUGCGUGGUGUGCGUUACCUAACGUGUUUGAUGGAGAUUGGUGGGGCACAGAUGCUCAUCGACACACUUGCGACCUCUUCCCUGGUGACCGACGACCGCCGUGAAGUUGUUUUGUUGCUGUUGUACAUGGCAAAUGCAGGGAGGGUCUAUCGGGAAAUGUUGUGCGACGACGACGAAAUAGGCUUGCUGUUGCAGGCGACACGACGCGAGGGUGAGUCGGACGUUCUGGACCUCCUCGCUUCUCUCUUGCUUCUCUUGGGCGAGGGCAGUAACCCACGUGUUUCCUCGCGUGUGCAGUCUGGGGUGAUUCAAAUGAUUACCCACCGGGAUACCGCUACGGCGGUGAUACUCCAGGCCGCACGCAUCUUGCGCAUCUUUCAGUCGUCGCGAGACAAGAUAUACACGGACGCCAUUGCGCGGGAGGCGCGGGAGGACACAGGCGCGGUGCCGGUGGUAGGAAUUGAGUUGGAUGUCACGCCCGACAGUGCACGGCAGCUGUUAGAGGCCCUCUUUUUCUUGCUGAUCCACGAAGAGCUGAGCCUCCGUGUGGAAGGCUCGGAGUUGCUGACGAUGGUGGCGAAGAACAUUCAGCUAACAGGCCCCAUUUUAACCCGCUGCUUUGACGUGGUGGAUGAGGACCGCCUGGCUAUUGAGGCCGAGGACAAUCUGAACGCGGCCAUGGCGUUGAGGCGGCAUCAAAUUUCCUUUGGCAGCACUGCGGUCAACGUUAUGCUGCUUGAUACCGCCUGCGAGGCGCGGCAGCGGCUGACGUUGGACAUCAUUGUGCGUCGAAGUGCCCACUUUACGCUGCUCAAAUACCUGCGGCUGCUGGAAAGCGGGUAUGUCACCUCCAUCCUGGACUGCUGCCGGGCCUUGCAGCUCAUUUGUCGCGCGGCGCUUCUGCAGGAGCGGCAUGGCGUGGAGGACGGCGCGGAGGCCGAGUUGACGCUGGCGAAGGCCGCCAACCACAUCCGCGUGGUGGUGGGCGACACGCUGUACAACGUCCUGCUGUACGAGGAUCUGACGGAGGACGAGGCCUUCUCCAUCGCCCGCGCCGUCACCUCCUCGGAGCAGUCAAUGUAA